AUGGCUUUCAAUUUCUCUCGCCUCGAUGCUCAAGCCGCCGCCGAGAAAGCCGUCUCGGUGAUCGGGUUAGGUUACGAUCUCUGCACCGAUGUUCGUCUCUCCGCUUGUAAAGCUUCACCAGACGGGUCCAGAUUAGUCGAAAUUGACCCGACCCGGAUCCGAGACCUCGUCUUCCCCGGCGGGAUCGUCGUCAACGACGUCUCCAGUUCGAUUAAGUGCGAUAAAGGCGAACGAACUCGUUUCCGCUCCGAUAUACUCUCUUUUAACCAGAUGUCGGAGAAGUUUAAUCAGGAUAUGUCUUUGUCUGGGAAGAUACCAUCAGGGAUGUUUAAUCAUAUGUUUGGUUUAAGAGGGAUUUGGCAAAAAGAUGCGAGUUCAGUGAAGAGUCUAGCUUAUGAUGGUUGGUUUAUUAGCUUGUACAGUGUAGAGCUAGUUAGGUCUCAAAUAGCUUUACGUGAUGAAGUGAAACGUGAAGUACCUUCUUCUUGGGACUCUGCUGCACUUGCGGGGUUUAUUGAGAAAUAUGGUACUCAUAUAGUUGUUGGAGUAACUAUGGGAGGUAAAGAUGUUAUUCAUAUGAAGCAGUUACGUAAUUCGAAUCACGAGGCUGAUGAAGUUCAGAAAAUUUUGAAGCAAUUGGGUGACCAAAGAUUUCCAGUUGAUCCAGUUGAAAGUGUAUCUCCUGCUGCUGAUUAUUCCGGAAAGACCAAGGAGGAGAAUCCUCUCCAAUGGGGAGUUCAUGGACCGCUGCUUGGUACAUCGACGAAGCCUGCUGUUGUCAUGCGCUCCAAGAACGAGGAUAUGGUGGGUAUUUGUGUCAGACGAGGAGGUGUUGAUAUGGGGCAGAGUCAUGAUCGAUGGCUCUCAACAAUUUCACAAUCACCCAACGCUAUAUCGAUGUGCUUUGUUCCUAUAACUUCACUCUUGAGCGGUCUCCCAGGAACAGGAUUUCUUAGUCAUGCAGUGAACUUAUACCUCCGAUAUAAGCCGCCAAUAGAGGAGUUGCAUCAAUUUCUUGAGUUUCAACUUCCACGCCAAUGGGCUCCUGUGUACGGAGAUCUCCCUCUUGGACUACGACGCAGAAAACAAUGUUCUCCAUCCCUUCAGUUCUCUUUGAUGGGUCCAAAACUAUACGUCAACACAUCAAAGGUUGAUUCGGGUGAGCGACCAGUAACCGGAUUACGCUUAUUCCUAGAGGGGAAGAAAGGGGAUCAUCUUGCAAUCCAUUUGCAGCAUCUCUCUACAUGUCCUCCAAGUCUCCAUCUCUCACACGAUGACACGUAUGAACAGAUCGACGAACCAUCCGAAAAAGGAUAUUAUGAAGCUGUAAAAUGGGGAAUCUUCUCACACGUCUGCACCUUCCCGGUUCAGUACAACGGAGCACGGUCUGAUGAGGCGGCCUCUAUUGUAACCAAAGCCUGGUUAGAAGUCAAAGGAAUCGGGAUGAGGAAAGUUCUCUUCUUGAGGCUCGGUUUCUCACUCGUUGCAUCAGCUGUUACACGUAGAUCAGGGUGGGAUAAUCUCUCAACAAUCUCGCGUAAAUCAGGAGUUUUCUCUAUGAUUAGUACAAGACUAAGCACGGGUUUAAGUCCAAACCCCACUACAACGAAACCACAGUCUCAGAUUGAGAUAAACUCAGCGGUUUAUCCUCGAGGGCCAUCACCGCCUGUAAAACCAAAGCUCCUGAGUCUUGUGGACACGAAGGAGGUGAUGAGAGGUCCAGAGGAACCACCUGGAUAUUGGGUUGUGACUGGGGCUAAGCUUUGUGUAGAGGCAGGCAAGAUCUCAAUCAAAGCUAAAUACUCUCUGCUCACUGUUGUGUCAGAAGACUCACUAGUCUGA